AUGGUAAGACCUCCUUGCUGUGACAAGCUGAACCUUAAAAGGGGUCUCUGGACUGCACAGGAAGAUGCAAAGAUACUUGCAUAUGUCUCAAAGCAUGGCACAGGAAACUGGACAGCUGUUCCUAAAAAAGCAGGUCUUAAAAGAUGUGGGAAGAGCUGCAGGCUAAGGUGGACUAACUACCUGAGGCCUGAUCUUAAGCAUGACAGCUUCACUCCCCAAGAAGAGGAGAUGAUUGUUAGGCUUCAUGCAGCCAUAGGCAGCAGGUGGUCCAUAAUAGCACAACAACUUCCUGGGAGAACAGACAAUGAUGUUAAGAACCACUGGAAUACCAAGUUGAGAAAGAAGCUUUCUGAAAUGGGAAUCGAUCCUGUCACUCAUAAGCCUUUCUCUCAAAUACUUGCUGAUUAUGGAAACAUUGGAGGCCUUCGAAAACCUGGCAGCAGAAUUGGAUCUCUCAAUAAAGAUUUUAAGAAUGUAACUAUGUUGAAAUCUGAACCAUAUCCAUUCCCACCACAAGGAUUCCCAAACAUCAGCAGUCAAUUGGUGCCCUCAACAACAUCACCCCAAACAACACCAAUCCAAUUAGACACCUUUUUUAAUAGUAACCAAGCUAACAACAACCAUUCAUUUGAUCUUCUCGCCGAGCUCCAAACCAUAAAGCUGGUCACGGAGGUCUCGAAUUGCAGCCACAACAACACCCACCCACCACCAAUCUUCCUCGAAGAUUCCUUGUCAUCGUCGUCAUCAUCAUCUCCAACCUGUUCCACUGCAGCGCAAGAGAAGUCACCCCUUGACUUAAGUUGGCAUGACUUUCUUCUCGACGAUGAAUUUCUACCAGCUGAUCCUCAAGAACAAGAAAUCAUGGCUUCGCAUUCAUCAAAGGAAUUUGCAAGCCAAAACCAAAAUGUGAUAGUACAGAAAAAUGAGACAAAUAAGGAGGCUGCUAUAGAAGAAUGUAUUAAAGCUAAAGGAACAGAUUGUGAAAUCCUAAGCAAUGACUUUCAACCCUCCUCAUCCUCUGAAAUCUCUUUUGUGGAAGCCAUGCUAGAUCAAGAAUAUCGAAUGUUCUUAGACUUCCCUAACCUUUUGGAGGAACCAUUCUACUACUAA